GAUCGGCGAUUUGGUGAACGAAUGUUGGUGAAUGAAUGUACGUAAGCAGCGCGAGAAAGAGUGCGUGCAUGAGUUCGCUGAUAGGCAUGACAGCGACGUCUGUCGGUCCGUGAUCCGUCCACAUGAAGGCACGCACACAAACACGUGUGCUUGAAAGAUGGCAAAAAGGAAGGAAUCAUCUGAGUCAGUCCGUCCGCUUCCGGAAGGAAAUCCGUCGCGACGCCUCAAAGUAACGUACGUCGGGAUAAAUAUACAUACAUCGAUCAGACAGACAGCCUCCGCCAAGCCCCGCCCGUGUGUCAGCCGUGAAGGCAGGUUGAUAAAUCCUACCAUGGGCGUUCGUCUGACAUCAGAUAUGCACUUUGGAACACCUAUAAAGGUGCACACACAGAGAGAGAGAGACAGACAGACAGACAGGGGUAUACACUUACACAGAGAGCAAGACGGAACAGCGGGCACGACGGGGGAGUUGACAGAGGGAGCUGGCGAACAUGACCGAGCGCAUGGACGCCCCCACGCACAUGCCACACCGGUACACACGACAUCAACCGACUGACUCGCUCAGUCGCUGUGGUACGACACAUACACAGACACAUGCAGACACACGACAGGUCUAUGCUACACGUACACAUGUACAUUUAAUCAUCCAUCUGCCCUCUCGCCGCCCCCGCCCCUCGUCGUAUCUCGGUCACUCGACCGUGACGACUUCAAUCUCGCUCAGCCGGAAAUCCAUCCCGUGCGCCAUUUUCGAGUGCGCUAUCACCCGGAUCUGGUGCCGGCUCCCCAGUGUGGGCCACACCGAGUUGCCAGCCCCCUGCCGGCCCUCCUGCUUGGGCCGCUCCGACUCCCACACCCACGCGUGGGCGAUCCGCAGGUCACCACCACACGCACCGCCACCCAGCAGACUGCCGUUGCUGUUGGCCUUGUUGAUGGCCGCCACACCGCCCCUCUCGUAGCCCAGCCACAGACGGCCGCCGCAGAAGGCGAUCCUCCCGGUGUCUGCUGUCUGCAGCACACGACAAAAGAGAGAUAGAAGCAUGUGCGUGGUGUUUGUGGGUCCCACCCCGCCCCGCCCGCCUGUCUGACUGACCGGUAUCCGAUCAGCAGUGCAGUAUCCCUUGACGGCUCCCGUGACGGCGGCCACGUUGAGGUUGAGGUUGCCGUUGUCCUUGAGGGCGAACUUGCCAAUGCCGCCAGAAUGACUCGUGCUGCUGCUGCUGCCUGUGCUGAUGGUGGAUGUGCCGGUGUUGGUGUCGAUGUCGGGUCCCUUGAGCUUGAAGAGUGUCUGCUGUGUGGUGGUGAUGCGCUCCUCGCUCUUGUCGUCGGGCUCGCUGAUGCAACCCGACACGUACACCUACACGACACACAAGGACAGACAGGGAGGGAGGGAGGGAGAUAUGUGUGUGGGUGUGUUGCAUAUGCUAUGUCAGUGGCUGCUUACCCCGAUGAUCUCUCCGGACCCUUCUGCCUGGCACAGGAUGAUCAGCGGCUGACGGCACCUCGCGGCACGCAGAAACGUCGGGUAGCGCCAGCCAUCCUCUGACGCACUGCACCGACACACGCGCAGGGAGAGGCCCAUCCAUUCAAUGGCUGCGUCCAUGUUCAUUUCUGCCCUCUCUGUGCUUCACUCCCUCCUCUCACGUGUAUAGCAUCCUGAUGUUGCUGUCAUGCAUGCGCUCAUCGGCGAUCCACUCAAUCAUGCGCUGGACCAUGCUGCCGUCCUUGAGGAGCCGGCUGCCCACCAGCGGCAGGAACUUGCCGCCCACCGCACACAGGCCGUACAUCUCCAUGGCGUCACGGAGGGAGCUCGCAUUGUCUGGCCGCACAUACGGCUGGGCCACAUGGACCCGCCCCAGCAGCUUGCACAGCCGCUGCCGCCGGCACACGUCCACCAGCACCUGGAACAAGGCCAGAGGGACGUCCUGGAUCACCUCGUUGGGCCACCUACAGAGAUGGGUGACACACCACAAAGCAACGAAGACAGAGAGAGAUGCACACAUGUCACGGCGGGCAUGGGUGUGCGUGUGCAUGUACACCUAGACAUACAUACCUGCAGAAUCGGUUGUAGAUGGUGGAUGUGUCGCCCAUCUGUCUGACGGUCGACAGCCGCGUCGCCACGGUGGUCCCCAGCACUUUGACGCUCACCACGCGGUCCUCCUGCUCGUCGCACCCACACAGCUCAUCGUCGUGGCAACAGCUCCGGUGCGUUGGCGAGUCGCGCAGAAAGGGCGCAACCGCACCGAAGCGCCGCUGCAGCCUCUGCUCCAACCCUGGCAACUCGUCUAACAGCCUCUCCAGCUCACGAACGCUGCAGAGAAGGAUAGAUGGGUGAGUGUAUGAUGGAUGCAGUUCUCGUCCCCCCCUCUGACCGACCGACCCACCCACCUGGCGCACAGCCCUUCAAAGGAGCCUCUCACGAGCGGCCGAUUCAGGUACGGUCGCAGGCCACGGGAGAGGCCGCCCGUCGACAGCGGCAGAGCGGGCGAUGCGGAUGCUGAUGCUGCGAGUGUUCCCUCCUCCCUCUCCCUGUACACGUUGCCCUUGUCCAUCUUCUGCAUGAGGGUGUCCACGAUGAGGGCGUAUGAGGGGUCGGUGUGGAGGUCGGGCGGCAGCUCCACGGUGUGUGUGUGGCCAUUCUGCACCUCGAUGAGGGAGUCGAUGAGCCACAUGAAUGCGGGCGGGUAGACGUCGAGGAACAGACGGUCAGUCGGCGUACGCAGGAAAGCACUGUCCCAACGACCUGCACUCAGACAGACAGACAAGGCCAGUGAGAGCUCCCGUCCCUGUGUCGACCAUUCCCUGCUUGAUGUGCCGCUUACCCGAGAACAGCUCAGCCAGCACUGUGUGCGGCAAGCACGUGAGUGUCGACCGCCUCACAUCGACGAUGAAGCCACCGACAUCCAGCGGAAGCAGCUCGUCACCCCCCGUGCGCUCGCUGUCAUCCUCCCGGCACAGAUCUCUCUCCGCCACGCUCCCCCCUCUGUUCUCCACCUCGUCACGCACCGCCACUGCGGAUCUCUCCAGCUCGUCGGCUAUUGCCUUGAUGCACUCCUGUGCCCGGCUGACGGGUCUCAGCGCCUGGCUCAUGAACGAGUCCAUUUCUCUGACGCCACACACCACCGGGGUGGCUUCUGAUGCCGCCGGCGGGAAUGUCGACGUCAUGCCGAUGAUCACGGAGCAGAAGUGGGCGGCGAGCGGUGUUUGGUUGAAUCGAGGAUCUUACUGACAGCGCGGGGAACGCUGCAGAGGGUGCAGGGACCCUGUGCCGUUGGAUCCUC